AUGCAGCUGAAGAACAAACAUGUCUUCACAAUUGCACCCACAGGUUCUGGAAAAACCCUCACAUUCUGGAUACCACUUCUCUUUAAUAACGAAGGAAUCAUUAUCUUGAUCACUCCACUAAAUAUCCUUGGAGGAAAAAAUGUUGACGAACUUCAAAGUCUGGGAUUUCUGGCCAUCAAUUUGAAUAAUGAGACUGCUACUGAUGAAAACUUUGAGGACAUCAAACGACUGAAGUACCGAGUCAUAUUGACAAGUCCUGAGCGUGUCCGCCAUGAUUCACGUUUCAAAGACCUAUGGAAAUGUACAAGAUUUACCGAGCGACUGUUCAAUGUUACAAUUGAUGAGGGGCACUGUAUCAGUGAAUGGGGAGAUGGGUUUCGACCAGAGUACAAUGAGCUUGGUGUACUCCGAUGGUUGCUUCCUCCUCAUGUUACUUUCCAUAUUGCAUCAGCAACCAUGCCUCCCCAUAUUCUUCAAGAUAUCCAAAUGAAGCUGCGGAUUGAAAAAAGUAACAUGGUUAAAGUAGCGCUCUCAAAUGACCGCCCAAACAUACAUUUGGUUGUUGAAGAGAUGCAGCAUUCUGCAAAGGCAAUGUAUGACUUGGAUCGCGUACUAGGACUUGACAGAGGAGAAACACUCUGCAAAAAGUUUAUGGUUUUCACCAAUUCCCGAAGAGAAGCAGAAAGGACGGCCACUCACAUUCGGAACCAUUAUUUUUCCCAAGAAAAAGACAUGGUUGGAGAAAUACGAGGUAUUUGCUGCACAGAUGCAGCAGGAAUGGGCUUAGACAUUCGUGAUGUAGAGUUAGUGGUUCAAUGGAGAUAUGUGGAAUCUCUGUGUACGCUCUUCCAGCGGUUAGGACAUGGAGCCCGUGACACAAAUCUUGAAGCAGUGGGAGUCUACAUUGUUGAACCUAAAUAUUUUGACCGCUAUAAAAAGGCGAUGAAGGAAAAAAGAGAGAAACGCACCAAAAAACGAAAACGACUGGUUGAGAAUGAGGAGCAAGCUGCACCGGAUGAGGCAGGGGACGAUGACAGCAUUAUUAGCGACAGUGAUAAUGGUGGCAUUGAAAUAAAUGGGCAAAAUGAAGCAGAAAGAAUUGUUUGGAGACUCUUUCAGAUGCUUGAAGUCUUGGCAACUGCAAAUAUGAAGACACCGCUAUGGGAAUGUUCAUCAAUGCUCAAUAUCAAAAAAUCUGCCGACAAAAAAUUGUUGAUCAGUAUUUUGAUAAUCCUAAAGGACUCGAUGAGCAACAACAUUGUUGUUGGAGGUGUAGCGAUAUUUUCCAAGCCUCAACGCAACAAGAGAAAAGUCAACACCAAAGGCUACACGAUGACCAAGGCUGGUGGAGAAUUGUGGCGUCAUUUGAAGGAAUGGCGUGAAUCUCAGCUUAUGGCCGAGGGUCUCAGUGGGGACACUUUUUUUGGUGUCCAAAUUAUCAUGUCAGAGCUGGUUCUCUGUCGCAUCGUUGAACUUGCCGAACUUGCAAAAAUCAAGGACAUUACAACACUUCGUGAGCAAACCAAUUGGUGCUAUGCAGACUUAUAUGGAGACAAGGUCAUUGGUCUUGUCAAUACACACUUCCCACCACCUGUACCAGCUCUAUCAACAGCCAAUAUCAGCAAUACCUUACAGGCUGCUGUCAUGCACCAAAGUUGA